AUGAAUAUCAAAAGACAGAAUAGAUUGUCAGGAAACAGAUUGAGGAAACCUUUUAAACAGGCAAUGCCUCUAGAAGACAGUGAGAUCUUUGAAACAAAGAAUGUCAUAUCUCCUGCCAUUUUUGAUGUAAUAGGAAUGUUAAAAGAUAGUGUGAAGAAUGCAAAGGAGAGAAUUGAGAGCAUCUUUAAUGACAAUUUCUCUGAUGAUUGCAUUGAGGACGAAGAAAUUGCCUACCUUUCAGACACAGUGAUUCAGAAUGUACUGCAGUGGGGUGCAGAGUUUAAUGUCCGUAUCACUAUUAAAAAAGGAUGUACUAAUGAGAUAAGAGUACAAGGCUUAACUAAGGAUGUCAAAGAAGUUUUGAAAGCAGUGGAAAUUGAGCUGAAAUCUGUACUAAAGAAAGAACUUGACCAGCAUCACCAGUAUCAGAUUUACCAAGUCAUCCAGUGGCAGUAUGAAGAAUGUAACCAGUAUUCAACGUUUGACAGAGAGACAAACUUCCACAUUGAAAAUCACUUCAGUGAAGGAGAAACUGAGGCUGUUGUCGAGUGGAAUGGAAAAAGUCUGUUUAUAGAGUUUCAGCAAAAGAUAGCGACUGUUCUAGAAACUGGGGAUGUAAUGAAUAUCAAACGACAGAAUAGAUUGUCAGGACAAGAUUUUCCAAGGAACUGGGCUGAAAUGAGCAGCAGUUUUAUUCAAAUCCCACUAGAUCCUACAUCGCCUGAAUACCAAGAUGUGAUGAAACAUUUUCAAAAAACAGCUGCUGGAUAUGAAGUAGUCAAGAUUGAACGAGUGCAGAAUGUGUAUCUACAUCAUGGUUAUGAGGUAAAGAAAAAGCAACUAACUGAUAAACAUGGUUCAGCAAACUUAAAUGAGCUGCACCUGUUUCAUGGCACAUCAGGAAGCAGCUGUGCCUCUAUUAACAAACAAGGGUUCAACAGGAGUUUUGCAGGGAAAAAUGCUACUAUGUUUGGCAAAGGCGUAUAUUUUGCAGUGGAGGCGGCCUAUUCAGCUAAGAAGUUCUGUCCACCAGACAGCGAAGGACUAAAGUACGUGUACUUUGCAAGAGUCCUGGUUGGUCAGUAUACAAAAGGACAAAGUAACAUUAAAGUACCUCCACCCAGAUCCAACAAAGAUUCCACAGAUCUGUACGACAGCGUUGUAGACAACAUUUCCAAACCCAUGAAGUAUGUUGUCUUUCAUGACGAUCAAGCCUAUCCAGAUUACCUGAUCACCUUUCGAUAAAUAAACCAUAAUUACCUCCAUACAGCUCUCCAGAACUUAAUUGAUGAGUGAUGUGACACACUCUGUAGUGUUGGUGCUGUACAGAAAUUAAAUACAGUUUUGAAGAAUAAUUAUGAAAGCUGGAAUAUCACUUCAAAGAUACAUGAGAAUGCGUGUUCAAAGAUGUGAAAUUUCAACUUGGGGUGGAAUUGAUGAAUGCACCGUUAAAUAAAAUAUUAAAUUCCUGAUAGUAUUGCUAACAGGUCACCAUUGUAAAUGAUGAAUACAUUUUGUAUAUUGAACUGA